UUUAAACACCCACUUCAGCUCAUAGUUUAAAGCCAAUAUCCGCGUUGUCCAACACUAAAACUGUUGAGCGUGUUGUUUGCCGGUGCCGCCAAUAAAAUUUUCUGUGGUUUCUCGUGGACAUUUUUAAUAAAGAUGCCCAAUUCCACUUUAUCUGCCAACAUGAGUUACAGGGAAGUCAUCCCCAAAAACCUUAAUCCGGCAGAGUGGAUAGAAGUGAAGAUAAACACUGGAACCCAGAGCACUCUGCAGGAUCUAAAGACAUUCGAGACCUCCGGCGGCUAUUGCUAUAAGCGAUGUAACAGCAAGCAAUUCAGGAACCGCUUUAUAUAUUGGCGCGCAAAUCAGGAUGUGCUUGAACUAUCAGAGGUCAGUUUGGACAUCUCUCUUCAGAGAAACCACUUGCGUCUACGCUUUACGGACUCUGCCGUUUUGAACGUUAGUCUGGCAGAGCAACCGACGAGCAUCACGCUGCUGGUGGUCACCGUCAGCAGUGUGCAUCGGUAUUUGUUCCCCUUGAAGAUGGCUGGUCAGGACGGGGGAAGCGGCAGUAUUCUCGAGGAUCUCCAGUCGCAAUCCAUUUUCUACGAUGUAAAUGAGAAGAUCAACGAUCCUAGCAGCUUCUAUGUGACUGAUAGCUUUGGUACGAUACCGCCCAACGUGGCCGUAUCCCAUAUCUCGCAUGACGCUCUCACUGCCUACUUUGCGGUGGCCUACGAAGACAAGCUUCUGCUCCAUACCAUGAACUGCAGUUCCGGCCACACGACCACCAGCGAAGUCAAGGAGCCAUAUCUAAUGCCACGCUUUCUGUCCAACCUCAAAGGUGCUUUGAUUGGUCGCUCGGAGAUCCAAGAAGCAGCCAUGUCUAUGGCAUUCAGCGAAAUUGAGGGGCAUAUCUAUAUUCUAGUCCUUUACCGAAACAAUGAGCUGCGAUUGUGGUCAGGCGAUGGCCUGCAGACGGUGGCUAGCAUAAACUUCUUCGCGGGCACCAGUCACGCAGGAUCAGGAGCGCAAGGACCUCAAAACAAUCAACUGCGCAAAAUUAACGAUCGGGACUAUUGUUUAUUCAUCUCCCACGACAACGGAGCUGAGUUCAUUUGUUUAAGCAUUGUGCCCGAUCCCGGGGAUAACAAAGGUAUCAUGCUGGUGAAGCAUGAGGAAACUGCAGAAACGGCGCCCCAAAUGGAUCUUAUUAACUUUGAUGCCACUAACUCGCAUAUAUGGGCCCUUUGGAGCAACGCUGAGGGUGAAUUUCAUGUCUCGGCCGGACACCUGAGUUCAAAAAAAGUCGUUAAAUGGGUUACCGCUGCCCUGGAAACUCCACCGGAUCGCUUUAGCCUUGCUAUCGAUCAGGAGCAUGUCAAUCCACGGGAGGCGUAUUGCUCACACAUCUUCCAUCCGGGCCGUUUUGAUCGGCAUGUGAUUACCAAGGCCCUAUAUAUGUUUAGGCGCGUCAACAUGCAGUUGGAUGUGAAACAGCUCUCCAUGUCCGUGCUAAGGGAGCAGGUGUGCACGGCCGUCGAGGAUGAGAUCCAGAACGAGCUGAAAGACUUCGAGGUCCCCGACGACGUGUACUGGGAGGUUGCAACGCGACUGUGGAGCCGCUUCUACUCAUGCUGUGAGCAGUACCACAUCAAAUUCUCUGAGCUCAUGGGACUUGCUGUCCUCGGCGGCAUGGAUGCCGUGUGUUUGGUCAGGCGACAGUCAUUCUCACUCCUGCGUCCCUGCGAGGUGCUGGAGCAUAUUCUGCUCAUCGGCAGUGACAGCAAAAGGGUGGCUACAUUUGUGGCUCCCAUUUUCCGGAACGAUCCCGCCAUGGCCACGGGUUUUGUCAACGUGAUGCAGGUAGUGACGCAGCUUGAUGGACUGAUAUCAGAAGAUAUGAAAAUUGAGAUGGACAAGCAACUCUACGAUCGCGAAUCCCCAAUCGAAGUGGUGUCCAAGGUGGUAUCCCGACUGGCAGCGUUGUCAGGGGAAAGCGUGAAGGCCAUAACCCAGAAGUUUCAGGAUAUACCCAACGUUAAGCCAGCUGUGGAAAUGUUACUCGAUGUGUUAAGCAUCAUAGAUCCAGAUGCGCCUCCAUAUGAUUAUUCCGCUUCAUCACGAUUCUUGCAGCCAACGGGAGCUUUAUUUGGCAGCGAAUAUGGGCUUGCCAUUUUAGCCGAAACGGUCAAGCAAAUGGCCAUGAUAAGAUUCGCUGUCUGCCGAAACCUUUUAAUAUUGCAGUAUCUGGUGUGUAAGCCAGGUGAAAUGAAGACAUCAAACAUUGAAACAAACAUCAAUUAUCUGAACUGUUAUAGAACUUUGGUCUGGAUCGCCGACACUCCCAUUUCCUUGACUGCACCAGCUGGAUUUGAGGCUGCCAUCCAGCGUUUGAGCCGCGCCCAACUAUUCAGUGGCUACACUCGUCCCUAUGCCAGCCAAUUGCGAAACAUGGGUAAUGACCAGACCACGCUGCUCAGUCUUUUUUUGCAGUCCAAGGGCCUCUUUAGCGCCCUUGCCAUGGUACAGAAAACCGACAGUCUGCAGCUGGAGACCGAGUCGUUUAAUCUGCGCGAUGUGCUACUUCAAAUUGUGGGAUCUAUCAACAAGAUGUUGUGGCCCGAGUCUCCCAUCUACGUGUUCCCCGAAUGGCUACUAGGUACCUGCCAGCAUAUCAUCGUCCAGGACUAUGUGCGCCUUUUGUCCGGUUGGUGUUCAACGAAAGGUCCUGCAAGACGCUUUAUGUUGGCCGUAUCCCUGCUGGAUUGCGGAGAGGCGCACAAAGCAGUCCAUGAAUUUCAGGAAACAGCUUCCUACGUGGUCGAAGACGACUUCCUAAUUGAGCACGUAUUGAAGAGCACGCAGCUGUAUAGCAAAUUACAGGAAAGUGUGGUCCGAGGUGAGGCGAUUUCAGCGGAGGACACUGAAGCGGCCAUUGUUCAAUAUUACCUGAAGGUAAUCAAGCUCUACGAGCAGCAUUCGGCGUUGGAUCAUAUAAACCACCUGGCCAACGAAGCAAUGAAAGUACUAGGCUCCAAUGAUCCGCAGCUGCCCAUGUUCCAGUCUAUUGUAUUUAACAUUCAUCUGCAGUGGGGUCACUAUGAUCAGGCCUACCACGCCCUGGUGAACAACGCCGAUACGUCGCGGCGAAAGGAUUGCCUCCGACAACUGGUCAUAACGCUAUUCAACACCAAGAAACUGCAGCUGCUCAUGCGGUUCUCGUACCACGGAUUGCAGAACGAGUUCGAGGACAUUGUGGAGUCGCGUGCAAGGGCCCUGAGCAUCGAUCAGAACGAUGUAUACAACUUUUUGUACGCUUUCCAUACGGACAAGGGCAAUAUGCGUAAAGCUGCCACGGUUAUGUACGAGCAAGCGAUGCGGCUGCAAGUGGACAGCGACGCCCCUAAUGCCCUUGAGAAACGCUGUUCGUCGCUUUUGGUUUGUCUGAACAGUUUGCACUUGGUCGACAGCCGUUACAGAUGGAUUGCCAAGCCCAGCAUUGGUGACGAGAGGGUCGAAUCAACGAACAAAGCCGAAGACGAAGAAAAUGAACUUAGGGAUGAGGAGGAUACAAGUGGUCAGGAGGUGAUUGUACUGGAGCUGCCUGAUAUUCGAAGGGAACUGGUACACGCCGAGGCAUUACUUGAGCUAUCCCAUUUCCGUAAAGAUGCAGCUUCCUAUGAUCGCGCUUCACCCGAAGAGUUGUCAUAUCUACUGGCCAGUUGUGGUUUGUACACGGCGGCCCUAAAGCUGUCCAGGGGACACACGUUUUCGGUGCUGCCCAUAUUCGAGAGUCUGACAACGGCUUGUGUCACGGCCACGGAGGAUAAGUCACCGAACGCCUGGAGCUGGUUGCAAAACAACGAUAUGACAGAUCUUCCCCAUCGAAAUAAUGCUGCCGACAUGGCCUGGGCCUUGCUCGAGAAGUUGUUAGAAGAUAACGAGGAGAAGAAUUCCACGCUGAUAAAAAAGAGCAUCGUCAACAGACUUCUCGCCUUGAAUGCCUUCGUGCCUCAGUGGCUGAUUGAUUCGUACAAGCUGUCCAACUCUCGGGAGCUCCUGCAUCUGUUCGUUAAGCACAAUCGUUUGCUGGAAGCCGCUGAUUUAGGCCAUGAGAUGAUCGGCGGAAUGCUUGGAGCAGGCUGCGAGUACUUCGAUUUUAAGCACUCGGUGAAUGUAACGAAUCCCCAACUUGCUUUUCCCAUUAACACUAUCGAUCUGCUGCUGCACGCACUAAAGGUCAACAGCAAGGAGGAUAUCGAGUAUAAAAUGGCAAGCAUCAGGCUGGAGGAGCAGGUCCGCAUAUACAUCGACACUGUCAAACGCACUACCGAGGAUAAAAUGAGCAUGGCAAUCCUGCAGAGUCGCGAGGAACGACAGCAGCAGCAGCAACAGCCGUUUUUCUAUUAAUUAUGUUGAUACAUUCAGUUUAUUAUUUAAGUUUUUCGGAAUAAUUAAUUAAUUUACGGAGUUCAUUAAAAGUCAUCUGUCAUAACCAG